AUGUCGUGGCGUGUGGUCGCUGCUCUGCUGCUGCCCUUGGCGGCCGCUGCCGGCGUCGAGGAGGUGACCUCCGAGGCGCAGUUCAAGAAGAUUCUCUCCGACAACCCUGCCGUCGUCGUCGACUUUUACUCGCAGACGUGCGGGCCGUGCAUCAUGAUGGCGCCCAUCUUCAAGGAGGUUGCGCGCGAGUACGAGGGCCGCCUCAAGCUCAUCAAGGUGGACGUGCAGCGCUCGUACGUCGGAGUGCAGGCGCCCGGCCGACAGCAGCGGCUGCCCGCCUGCAAGCUCGAGAACCAGUUCUCGGGAGGAGACGAGCGAGGGCUGAAGCAGAUGAGCCAGGCGCUGUCGGCGAAGGCGCCCGCGUGA